AUGGAUGUCUCUACUAAUCAUGCUGAUACAGAUGAGCAAGCUGCUGCUCUUCUGAUAGAAUUUGGAAAUCUUUCUGCAGAAGAAAGAUGUUUACUAGCUCAACCCCUUGUCGAGCAAAAUAAGGAACCCGUUCAAGAGAAUACAUCCUUAGAAGAAGAAGAGAUUAUUCAAGAGCUGGUCCAAGCUCUUGUAACUCAAGAGGAAGAAAUUGUUGAGGAGAUCGUUCAAACUCCUAAUGAAAAAGAGGUAGUGAAAUCCCCUAUGGUCAGAAUAGGGGAAGCUCAAGAAAAAGAGGCUGAAGUUAGUCAGCCUGAGAUUAUCAGAUCUGAGGGGGAACCUUCAACUGACAAAGAUGCCGAAGAAGAGAGUUCCUCAUCUGAGAGGGAACAAUAUCAAAAUGCUAGAACUGUCAAACCUCUACCAUUUCCUGAUAUUAAUGCUGGUAACCUCUAUGAAAAUAUUCUCAAUUCUCUUGACAUCAAGAGUAAUCUGUAUGAAAGAUUUCAGAGAGUAGAAGAGGAGUUGGAAGAAGAAGAGCGGAAUCGAACUAGAAAUGAGUCUGAGAAGGAUGAACCUGAGCAAUCCCUGCAAAUUCACACUGAAGUUAACCCUAUUCAGAGCAUGGAAGUAGAUUCACAAGAUAAUUCAUCUAAUGAAGGAUCCUCUGUUGAUGGUACCAAGCUUCUCAAGUUGAUGAUAUCUCUACUUACCUCUCUUCAGAAGAAUGUGAUAACUAUGGGAUCAAAUAUGCUCUUCAGUCGUCAAUCAGAACUGAUGAGUCUUGAAAAACAAAUAAAUCUUGAUAAUCAUCGUGAGGUCAUGGAAUCAAUGGAAUUAUUUAAGAGUCAGAUGAUUGAAAUUCAAGGUAGCCUGAGAAGAUCUGAUGGUGAAAGGUUGGAGUAUGCCGACUCCAUUGCAAGAAAUUUCAAGAGAAAGAGAAUGCGAAUGCUGCUGCUGAAAAAGAACAAACUCGUAUCACCCAAGGUGAGCCCAGUAGAAGAGGUGACGGUGCCAACUAAAGGAGGUGGAGGUCGAAGCGGUGGUGAUCGCAGAGGCCGAAGCAAUAGUGGUGGUCGUGGUGGGCAAUCUGGUAGUGAUCGCGGAGGUCGUACCAGUGGCGGUGUUCGUGGUGGGAGAUCUAGUGGAAGUGGUCGUGGUGGUCGCGCUCUUCCUCCUUUUCGCAAUUUGUUAACCGGUCAAGAGAUGCUGGGUGAAGCGAUGAGCUAUGAAGGAACUCAUUUUCCUAUCGAUCCUCGAUUUUUGAAAGUGGUUAUGUGUGACGGAUGA